AUGUGCUUUCCCAUUGAUGAAGGGGGUCUGGGUUUUCGGUCCUUUAAGGACAUGGCAAGGGCUUUUGCGGCUAAACUAUGGUGGCAUUUUAGGCUUGGAGAGUCCAUUUGGGCAAAGUUCAUGCAUGCCAAAUACAUCAAAGGAGUUCAUCCAUCGGAGGCAUCGGUAGAGCAGGCUACAGGUACUUGGAGGCGUCUUGUAGCCGUACGUCAAAUGGCUGAACAGAACAUUAGGUGGUGUUUAGGGGAAGGCCUUGUGGAUUUUUGGAAGGAUAGAUGGGUUUUUCAUGAGCCGUUAGAGAGUGUGGUGGAUCGCUCUGAGAAACCUCAUUUUAUUGUCUCGGAGUUUAUUGCUAGGGAUGGAUGGGAUGAAACGCGUCUUGCCCGGUGGGUUCCAGGGUUUGUCGUCCAGGCGAUCAAAGAAGUACCUCAUGAUUUAGCUCGGAAGGAUAUGAUGGUUUGGUUGCCUUCGCCAACGAGAUGCUUCACGGUUAAGUUGGCAUGGGAGGUGCUUCGGCAAAGGAAACAUCGAUCUCUUGUCGACUCCCUACUUUGGCCUUCGGUUUUGCCGGCAAAAAUGUCUUUUUUGGCUUGGAGACUGGUGCGUAAUUUCCUCCCUUUGGAUAUGACGUUGCGUUGUCGGGGUUUGGCUUUGCCUUCUCGGUGCGGGUGUUGCUACCUGGAGGAGGAGGCUCUUUUGCAUGUUUUUUUAACUGGACCGGUUGCUUCGGAAGUAUGGAGGAGAGUGUCUGGCCGUUUUGGUUUUCAGUUGCGUAAUUGCUCGAGUAUGGCCCAGGAACCAGGAGCGCUAUCAGGGCAUGCGAUGGGAGGUUGGCAAGAUACUUCGCGAGGUGGAUUAUUUUUUGGAAUAGCUCGGGAGGGCAGGUCUCUCCGCGGAGGAGGACCCCUUGUGCGAUUGCCUGGGAGAAACCGCCACUGGUUGCUUAAACUCAACUCAGACGCCAGCGUGAAUUGUGGUAGGGCCUCGGGUGGUGGUCUGUUGCGUGAUAGUCAGGGGAAAUUGAUUUUUGCUUUCUACAAAGAAUUUGGAGAACAGGAUGUGUUGGAGGCAGAAAGUAUGGCUUUGCUGUUUGGUUUGCAGUUGUGUGAUCAACGGGGGUUUUGUCCUUCAUUGGUAGAGGUGGAUUCCAAAACCUUGGUGCAGUUGGUUGGCUCUGGGGUAAUUGCUAAGUGGCCAUUAUGUAAUAUUUUGAGGAAAGUUAGAGACCUUCUGGAAGGAUUUUCGGCCUCUAUCUCACAUAUUUUCCGGGAGGCAAACUCAUCUGCGGAUAGGCUAGCAGCUAUUGGGGCUGGAGGCACCCGGAUGUAUGAUCAGUUUCAUCAACUACCGGCGAUAGUUCGGGCUUCGACAAUUCUUGACUCACGUGGAGUGCCGGGUGUUCGUUGGUUAAUUGAAGAGGUUUAG